AAAAAAUUAAUCGUCCAACGCCUAUAUAAACAACCUCAAACACUUCCUGGAUACCAUCAAUACCAUCAACACCAUCAACAACCUCAAAAGCACCAAACACCAAAGUCAUCUGCCUUCUCUGAAAACAUCCACAAUCCUUUUCUUCUCUUACAGCCUUCAACACUCUCCUCCUCUCUUCCUUCUCAACAAUCCUUAGAACUUGCAUACAAAACAGUCUAUAAAAACUCCUUGCUCUUCUUUGAACUGUGUCAGAGUAACCCAAAUGGCUCCUGAACUUGUCAGUGCUGCAACCAACCUCACCACCGGUCUAGUCAAGGCUGCUAGUCUCUCUAGCCGUGCCUUCGUUACCUUCUUGGCUGGUAACGGUGACUAUGUGAAAGGUGUGGUUGGAUUGGCUAAGGGGUUGAGAAAGGUGAAAACUACUUACCCUCUUGUUGUAGCAGUUUUGCCAGAUGUUCCAGAGGAGCAUCGCCGUAUAUUGGUGUCCCAGGGUUGUAUUGUUCGUGAGAUCGAGCCGGUUUACCCACCGGAGAACCAAACCCAGUUUGCUAUGGCUUACUAUGUCAUCAACUACUCCAAGCUUCGGAUUUGGGAGUUUGUGGAGUACAGCAAAAUGAUAUACUUGGAUGGAGAUAUUCAAGUUUUUGACAAUAUUGACCACCUCUUCGACAUGCCAAGUGGUUACUUCUAUGCCGUGAUGGAUUGCUUCUGUGAGAAAACUUGGAGCCACAGUCCCCAGUACAAAAUAGGAUACUGUCAGCAGUGCCCAAAUAAGGUCCAGUGGCCGGUUGAGUUGGGACCCAAACCUCCUCUUUACUUCAAUGCUGGGAUGUUUGUCUACGAGCCCAGUCUCUCCAUCUAUGACGACCUCUUGCAGACCCUCAAAGUCACUCCUCCUACUUCUUUUGCUGAGCAGGAUUUUUUGAACAUGUUCUUUAGGGAGAUCUACAGGCCAAUUCCUCCAAUUUACAACUUGGUCUUGGCCAUGCUGUGGCGCCACCCAGAGAACAUCGAACUUGAAAAAGUUAAAGUUGUUCACUACUGUGCUGCGGGUUCAAAGCCAUGGAGGUACACUGGCGAAGAAGAGAACAUGGAUAGGGAAGACAUUAAAAUGUUGGUGAAGCAGUGGAGGGAUAUAUACAACGAUGAGUCACUAGACUACAAGAGGACCAAUGCAGCAGCUGAAGAUGUGAACAAAUUUACGGCGGUGCUUUCGGAGGGUGGUGUUGUUUACUAUGUUACUGCCCCCUCUGCUGCUUAGACAUUUAUGGUUUUGUUCUAAGAUUAUAUGGGUUGAUGUACAUAAAUUUAUGAGGGGUGUCAAUACAAAAUUUUGGUCUUUGAGAUUGAAAGUUCUGAUUAAGAGGAAGAGUCUGGUUUUCUCUUUAGCACAAAUUAUUGUUUGGGAUUCUACAUACUUUGAAGUCUAUAUAUAUAAAUGAUAUACUUUGAAGUAUCUAUGG